CAAUCAUUAUAAAUUAGUUGAAUUGACUGAGUAUAAACAAUAGGUAGGAUCAGUUAUAAAUAUGCCUUCGCUGGUUUUUGAUGAAAAGUUAACGUGAUGAUAAAAUUUCUGACCAAAAAGACAUUUCAAAUACUAAGUCUUGUAAAAAAGAUACGUUAGAGACCCGGUCUAAUAUGUUUUUAAUGUAAUUUAAGCCAAAGCCUAUGAAUUUAAAAGAUCGUAUUAUGUUUCGAUAAUUAAUGAUCGUAAUUGACACUGCCCUUGGUGCGAUCAAGUUAAGCCCUUACCCCAAAUAGCUUGUCGUUAUAGCGUUCUUAUUAUAAGUGCAAUUGAGGGUGGCAAUGAGGACAGAUGGUCAUUCAGUUGCAUACGUAAAAACAUAACGAUAAUACUCUUCAGUGAACACCUGUGUACCACACACUGCCAACCCCUUGUUACGUCUCUUUUUAACAUGGCUUAUGACACAAUAUUUGUCUCUUUUCAAACUUGUAUUACGGUACAUGCUCACUAGUCAGGGUGCUGGAGGCAAAGUUGUUUAGACGUUGUCACAGGCAACGGUAGUCCGAUACAUGGCAGUCCAGCUAUACAAUUAUAGUGCCUCAGUACUUACAUGCGUAAAGUCGUACUCUGAAUGCUAUAAGUACAUUGAAUAACAUAUAAUGUUACGGAGAUGACAUCUAUUAAUAUAUGAUCAUAAGUAAUAAUAUGACAUUAUCAAAUAGUAAUUCAAACCAAAACACAGUACAAACUGAUCGUGGAACAGAUGAUUAUUCUACAGAUUGGAAAACUCUCUACAAUUCACAACUUUGGACCAAUAGUGAAUUGAGAAGGCAGAUAAUAAAAACACCGUUUAUUGAAAACAGGGCAAUAUCCAAUUGUUACACUUGUACAGGAAAAAUAAGAAAUUACGAAAUAACAUCACCGUGCGUUGAUCCAAAUUUUUUGCCUCGAAACCAUUCAACUCCGAAAUGCAAUCAAAAUGUUAUUAAAAAUAUUGAACUUAGUUUACACGAACAUUUUGCUAUAAUUGAAGAAGAACACGAUGAUGCUCGGAACAUUCCUUCGAUUUCAAGACAGGUCGAUAGCAGCUUCCGCCAAAAAUAUACUUGUUCCACAUACAAUUCUGCGAAUAGUAAUUUAGAUAGGCGUAGGCUAAGAAAAAGCCUCAAAGGUCUCAGGUCUAUCCUUAAUUUUGCGUCAACUGAAAGUCUGACAGAGAAGAGGACUCAACUUAAAGCUUGCUCAAUAAGUGUAAUGAUUGUGGCUGUAGUCGUGAUAUGUUUGGUUUUAGUUAAUUUUUCUACUCCUAGUUUCAUACGUGCACAGAAUAAAACUAGCAUAACCGUAGUGCCAAGUGUAAAUGUGGAUGUGAAUGAAACGUCCUCAUCUAUUAUUGAUAUUCACUCAAACUCGACGACCUACAUUGAUGUCAUAGAAUCAACUACGGAUAAAUUACUAUCAACUACAGAAUUAAUUGUAAACGAAGCUAUAGUAAAAAUUCGUAAAAAUAUAAAAACCUAUCCGAAAAUAAAACCGAUAAGGGAAUUGCCAAAAGAAAUAAUUAAUAGGGAUUUGUCGCAGAAGUUUUGUGGGUGCCAAAGUAAUGAAGUGUGUAUGUUAGAGGAAGAAAGUGGGACAUCAAUAUGCAAAAUAGCGACUGACAUUCAAGACCCUACAGGUUGCGGUGGUCUCUGCGCUCUAGAAACUGAGGCAUGUCAACUAGUGGAUAAGAAACGCGGAAUACGAGUUUGUCGUCUUUUAACAUUGGAAACCUGCUCACCUCAAGAUUGGCGUUGCCGCAACGGAUUGUGCGUGUCAGCUGGGGCUCGUUGUGACGGCACCAUACAAUGCUAUGAUCGAUCUGAUGAAAAACAAUGCGAAUGUGAUUUAACGAAACAGUUUCGCUGUGGACAUUCUUUAUCUUGUUUUCCAAAUAAAAAACUUUGUGAUGGUGUCAUUGACUGUUGGGACGGUCUUGAUGAAGUCAACUGUACUAUGGAAUGUUCUGAUGAUCAAUUUCCAUGCAACAAUGGCCAGUGCAUUGUAUCAUCGCGAUUUUGUGAUGGUUUCGCCGAUUGUGCCGAUGGAAGUGACGAGCCCCAUGGUUGUGACGCGGCUUGUGGUGCUCAUGAAUUGAAAUGCGUUAAUCAACGCUGUGUCUCAUUGGAGUUACGAUGUAAUAAUCGUGACGAUUGUGGCGAUAAUACGGACGAAAUACAGUGCUCUUAAAGUAAUAUUAACUAUGAACUGCCUAAAUUGUUUGACAAAUUUCUAGUUAUGCACUUAUUGAUUCUACAACCCCACCUAGUGUAUUAUAAGAAUAUGAAUUGCAGUUUAAGGAUUUAUUUUUACACAUCACAUAAUAUAAAUUUUAA